AUGAGCAGUAGUAGUAACGACUCUCAUAGAAAAAGUACUAGUAGUGUUUUAGAAAAACUCGGUCAGAAGAUAACGAAUAUUAAAGAAGAUAUUGCUGAUAAUAUUGAACGUCGAAGAUUAUCUCAUAGCAAUAUUAGUGCUAGUCAAAUGCAGCAAGUGUCACGAGCAAAUGUCACUGAUGAUGGCUCAAUUGACGAGAAAAAAGCGUCAACACCGACAGAGAAUCAACCGGUUCGCAUAGGUGAGGAUGCUCCACCGACGGAACAUGUCUACUCAAUAUCCCAAUUGGCCAUGGGUUUCGGAAAACGGCCAACAAAUGACACAUUGGCUGCUGCAACAGCUGGCAUGGUUCAUAGUGAUUCAUUUCGCUCAUUUCAAGAUAUAUUUUCCACAGAGAAUUCCGAACAAGCAAAAGAUUUAAUUAUGAGUGGUGUACGACACGAACUCUAUAAUAGUCAUAGUCGAGCAACAAGCGAAAGUGGUUCUGAUGAAUUCGUAGUUACUAAAAUCGAUCCUAUUGAUUUUACAGCCAAACCUACUGUUGUACGUAUGGAUAAAAAUGCACGAAAAACGACGAUGUUAUUAGCUGGACCGAAAUUUCGUUUUCAUACAGUGCUACCUGAAUUUAAUGUCAAACGAGAUACGAUUUAUCCAGUUUCGUGUGCAGUGGGAUUUUUCACAAUACUUAUUACAUUAUGGAAACCAAUAUCAUCAUUUUUUAGUGGAUUUUUUGUUGGAUUUAUGUUUAUCGCCGCUCUUGCUUAUAUGAUAACACGAAUCUAUGCUACUGCCAAAGCAGAUGAAACAGUUGUACACGAAUGGAUCGAUUUUCCAGAAUUGAAUAAAUUCCAUCAAGUUAAAACACCGCAUGAAGCCAAACAUACAACUCUACACACAUGUGGAGAAAUCUUGUUUGGUAAAUAUGAUGCUGAUCGUGAUGAUGAUUAUGUUCGUUAUCCAGUUGUCAUACGUUUGGAUAACUAUCAUCUCACUAUUCAAUUACCAACUCAAGCAAUUGAAGAAGAACAUAAAGACAAGGAAAUUCGAUUUGUUGGCCAUCGAGAAUAUUAUCUCAACGAAGCUAAGAUCAUGCUUGUUCCUGAAGCUACAAUGACACGUAUUAAAUAUUGGGUCAAUGAGUAUCCUAUAAUCAUUCAAGAUCUCAAAUUACUUAGCAAAGAAGUAUACAGCCAGGAAAAUUUAGGAAAAUCAAAAUUUGACACAAUAGACUUUUUUGACAAUACACAAACAGCUAUAAGUCUAUUUCUGGAAACCGGUCCUGCCAAAGAAGAUUGGUUUCAUAAAUUAUCACUUGUCUUACGACAAGGCAAAGAAGAAAUUGAACGAGCUAAUCUAGCGCUAAUGGGUGCACCAUCAGCACCUGCCGUUGUCUCGAAUGUCACAUCUCCAUCAAUCAAUAUGAUAGCGCAAAGUGUUCCUGAUACACAGAUUCCAACAUUGGGUACACGAGCCGAAGACAUGCAAACAAACUCAGUUAAUCUUGACGACCGUGUGCAAAUGAAGGCAGCCGAAACAGUCGGUCCACCUUACGCAGAUACAACAGCAACAGAUAAAGGUGAAACUGAAGUACUCCGUAGUCAAAUUAAUGAGACUGAUAUUCGCAAUGAUAUGGUUCAAGCACGCUUAGCUGCACAAGAACUACGUAUUGAAUCACUGGAAAAGGACAAAGAAAAAGACAAAGACAAAGAUAAGAAAGCAACUGACAAAGAUGUUGAUGUUACGGGUUCACAUCAAACAGCAUCAAUGAAAAAGAAAUUCCGAAAGCAGGAAGAAAAUCUCGAGCGUUUACUUGAUGCACCAGAUUGUCUCGAUGAAGCAGCAAUAACGCUAAAUUUCGUUGCCCGUCGGUUACUUUGCGACGUUUUCGAAGAACCUUUAUUCAAAGAUUUAAUGAAAGAAAAAAUCGAAUUAAAGUUGAAAGAAAUUGCCGUCACAGUAUUAGAAGAUCUACAUGUCGAAACCAUCGAUUUAGGAAACACUUUUCCUGUUAUAUUAAAAGUUGAGCCUAUGCAAUUCAAUGCGAAAGGAAUCUGGUUCAAUCUAUUUCUUUUCUAUCGAGGAAGUUUCAAAAUAACGAUCAAAACUCGUCUUGUUCUUCAACGACUUCUCAAUUACAAUCCUGUUUAUGAUCAACCCAUGUACGCCCAACAUCAUUCUGCACAAAAUGCUCCUAGCGAGGAUAAGAUUGACGAUGAUGAUCUUGUCGAACGACAAAAGUUAUUAGCGAAAGAGCCAGAUGUACCCGAAAAUGCUGCAUCACGUAAAUUAGGCACAUUGUUACAAAAAGUCGCUGCUAACAAACAUUUUCAACGAUUUGCCGCUUUGAAACCAGUUGCCGGCGUGAUUGAAAAGUUGUCUAAUGCCGAAGUUGGCGCAAAGGUCGAACUCACCAGCUUUAGUGGUAUGAUGACGAUCAACAUUCCACCCCCACCAAGUGAUCGUAUAUGGAUCGGCUUCCCUGAAAUGCCAGAUCUUAAUCUUAAAGUGACACCUGUUUUCGGUGAAAGUAAAUAUUCUUACACAUUAAUUCAUGAUUUUCUCGAAGCACGUAUCCGUGAUGAACUCAAACGUAUGGUUGUACUUCCAUCAAUGGAUGAUCAAUUGUUACCACUAUUUCGUGAUUGGGUUAUUGAUGUUAUCGGUGAAAUUGCUGCGAAACGAGCAAAUCCAUUGGUUGAUAGUUAUAAAAGUCAAACAUCAUUCCGAGAUAAAUUUCAGGAGUAUAGAGAUAUCAAAGAGCUCAAUCGUGCAGGAUCAUCAUCACCACCUGAAAAAUUGAAGUCACAACACCAAUCAUCGACACAAUCGACUUCAACUAAUGCUAGUGAAGAACUUGGCGAAGAAAUGACUGUACUAAGAAGAAAAACCAUCGAUCGAGUGGCUGACAGCAAAAUGUCUCAACGUUUGAAACUUUUAUUGCACAAACAUCCUAAACAAGAGCAAGAACUACGUGUGAUAAGCAAUCCGUUACUUCAUCAACGAUCAAUCGUUCUUCAAGAAGAUGAUUAUCAAGCACCAUUAACUGCGCAUACACUAGCACCGAAUUCCAAAUGGAUUAUUGUUCGAAAUAAUAUACAUCAGAUUCGCAGUUGGGGUGGAAUUAGUACAUCGGAUAUCGAACAACAAUUUGUCGACUGGUAUAUACUCAUUCAGAUGCGACGAGAAUUACGACGUGCUAAAAGUCAAAUUAAAGAAAUAGAACAAUCGAAUUUUACUCCUAUUCGUAAGUUUUACCUACCAAUUAAUCCUACAUCUUCUCGAAAGUAUAACGUAACACAUUUACGAUCGUCGGACACGUUAUACCACCCGAGUUUUGGUGCAGAACCUGUUGUAUUACAAGCGCUACUUUAUUAUUUCUCGAAAAAUUGCCAUGUACCAUAUAAUAGUUUGUUUCGGCCAUUUUUAUCUGAUGUAUGCGCAAUCAUCUAUCAGAAUCGGCAACAUCUCAAUCGCGCAGCCGUUUUUCGUAAAGUUGCAUUAGUUACUGCUAUAAUUGUCUUUAUCAUUCUCGGUCUCAUGUUAUGCUCGUUGAUAGUGAGCGUACUUACUUCAACAUCGAAAAUUAUUGAUUUGUAUAGAGAUGAUUCCGAUGGUGGACCAGAAUGGCGAGCACCGGAAAGAGAGAGAGAGAGAUAUACUAUUAGCAGCGAAAUUCAAAUGGCUCAAUCGUCUCGUACUCGACUUCUGCGUGUUCCGAAACAAGAACAAGAAAUCCAUGUUAUCACAAAUCCAUCUGACGGACGAAACAGUUCUCCACAAACACCGAACUCGCGUGGAUCAUCUCGUCAACGUUUGAAAGAAGAUGAUUAUCAGGCACCACGUACUGCUUCUCGUCUUCGUCAGAAAUCUCACUGGUUAAUCGUCCGACGCAAUUUACAUCGAAUACGUUUUAUGGGCUAUAAUCAACGCGAACGAGACACUAAUUUACCUGAUUUCUAUAUUGGUUUACAGAUGAAACGUGAACUGAAACGUGCGCAAGAAGAAAUCCAAAACAUUGAUAAAGAAGAAAAUUUUCAUGCAGUGAAAAAUUUCGUCUUAGCUGUGGAUAGUCGACGUUUAAAAACGUAUGAUACGAGUCAUGUGAAACCAAAUGAUGCACUCGUCUAUGAUCGACUGGGCGAAGAGCCAUUACCUUUACAAAAUCUACUCUAUUAUUUCAGUAAACAAGAAGUCGCACAUGGUACGGUUUUCUGGGAUUUUUUAAAUGAAGUUAAUCGAGUUUUGCAUAUGCAAAGAAAACGAACGGUACUCAUCAAAAGAUUGAGGAAAUUAGCUUUGACAUUAUCGAUUAUUUGUUAUAUCAUUAUCGGCACAAUGUUUUUCUCAUUGAUUGUCAGUGUCAUAACAACAGCAACAAAAAUGAACGAUCCUGCAGUGAGAUGGUUAGAGCCUGAAGAAGAGCAAUAUACUACAACUAGUUUUCUAAGAUUAUAA